AUUGAUCCAUGGCUGUACAAUGGUAACAUUCGAUUCUCUUUCCGGAUGACUGGGCGCUCAAGGGUCUCGUUGUUCGUAAACCUUUAAAUCGGUAUUUCGACACAAGACAUUUAAGGGUAUGUUCUGCUAAAGGAAGUUAUAAUGAGGACUAUAAGUGACCGAGUGAUCAUUUAGUAUGGACAUGUGAAUGUUAACAACCCUGAAUAUCGAUCGCACGGAAAUCCUGGGUAUAUUCAAUGAUUUGAUCAACAUCAGCAGUCAUUUCGCAUGUACCUGAAGAUUGAGAGCCGCUUAUAUCAUCUCGGAAAGAUCUCGUGUGCGAUUUGAAUACUAAAACGACUGGCAUUCUGUGACUAUGCGAGCAGCGGAUUAGAAUUGGUGGUUUUCUGUGUGUUAGGGUGCCAUCCGUGAGUCUCUCUAUCCGCGGACAUCUGUGUCGGUUAUUGUGGUGUGAAACUCUGUCGUCUGCAAACCAGCGCUACGUAAGGUCAACCCUGCCCUUUAUGUUUAUAUAGUACACAGUAAAGAAUUAGUACAUCAGUCGGAAGACUAUGGGUGUCCAGUAGUAAGUAAAUAAACCUCACUACAAGGGCACUUUUAACCGGAACCGGUUGUUAUUGACAUACAAUUGUAAGCCCUCGGGAAUUCCCUGUGUUGUAACCUGAAAGUGUCAUGGCUCUGGGACUCGGCGGUCAAUUCUUGUUGUUGCUGUGGAAAGAACUCUUGUUAGCGCGCCGGAAGCCGUGUUCGCUCGUCUUUCAGUUCGUCCUUCCGCUCGCCUUCGCAGCCUUCUUGGUGGUGCUGCGCCUCCUGGUGAACAAUGACAACAUUUCGGAAACGGUGUGGACGGAGUUUCAGGUGAACAAUUUCACGACCAAAGGGACGGCCAACCGUACAGAGAUAUUAUACUUCCCGAACAACAGCAAAGCUACGCAAAUCCUAAACGACGUCCAGACUAACAUGGGAGGGAGUUUUACUGUGACGGGAUUCGCCACUGAAGCUCUGCUAGAGUCCCAUCAAGACCUGAACACGGAUACGGUGUGGGCGGCAGUCGUAUUCGACACUUCCUCCAAUGACUACUCUUCUACAAUACCCAACCAAGUCAAGUACACCCUCAGGGUCGCGCGGGAAAAUGCUGCGGACUCUUGGCGGACUGCCAACACGUAUCCAUUUUUCCGAGUUCCGGGAUACAGAAACAACCAAACAGAAGGAGGAGCACCUAAUUACUACAGCACGGGGUUCCUCACCCUUCAGUACCAAGUGGGCCGCUCAGUCAUCAACAUCCAAUCAGGAAACACCAACUUCGACAAUCUCAAUUUCUACCUGAAGAAGAUGCCGUAUCGAGACUUCAUUCAAGACAACCUUCUGAGCGUGCUCCAGGUCUGGCUGCCGUUCUUCGUCAUGCUCAGCUUCAUCAUCACAGCUCUGCAGACGACGAAGGGCGUGACGUAUGAAAAAGAGAAAAGGUUAAAGGAGUCUAUGAAGCUAAUGGGUAUGAACGAGGCCAUGUAUUGGUUUUCCAUCUUCACCAAGGCGAUGGUGUUUUUGUUAAUAGCCAGUGGAUUUUUCAUCCUCUGUAUGUUUGUGAAGACCGGAUCUAAUGGCAGCGUUUUCAACUAUUCCGACGGAUCUCUCAUUUUCGUCUUCUUCAUCCUCUAUGAUAUUGCUCUCAUCACCUUCUGCAUCAUGUUGAGCUCGUUCUUCAAUAAAGCUAACACAGCGUCCUACGCCGGAGGACUUCUCUAUUUUGGAUUCUUCUUCCCGUGGUUCUUUUUGAACUCUGAAUACGAAACUAUGACUGCAGAACAAAAGUUUGCUUCCUGUCUACCUUUCAAUACAGCUAUGGCCAUUGGUUUUAACAUUAUAGGGAUUCAUGAAGGAACAGGGGAAGGUGCCCAGUGGGACAACUUCUACAAAACGCCAUCAGUUGAUGAUAACUUCACACUGGGCGGAGUCAUGUUGGUGCUGGUUUUGGAUAUCGUCAUUCAUCUCCUGAUCACGUGGUAUGUUGGAAACGUUUUUCCGGGAGAAUUCGGAAUGCCUCGGCCCUUCUACUUUCCAUUCACGAAAUCGUAUUGGGGUUGUGGCAAAAGUGAAAGAGACUUUGAUAAGGAACUACGACACAGCACUGCUAAUCCGAAAUUCUUCGAACGCGAUCCGCCAGAUAUGAAAGCGGGAAUAUCCAUUAAUAAACUGAGAAAGGAAUUCGGAAGCGGAAAAAACAAAAAGGUUGCGGUGGAGGGAACGACCUUGAAUAUUUAUGAAGGACAAAUUACAGCUUUACUGGGUCAUAAUGGUGCCGGAAAAACUACUACAAUGUCAAUGUUAACAGGCUUCAUUCCACCUUCGAGCGGCACGGCCAAAGUAAAUGGAUAUGACAUCAUGACUCAAAUCGACAAAGUCCGUCAGAGUAUAGGUCUGUGUCCCCAACACGAUAUUCUGUUUGAAACCAUGACAGUCAAAGAGCACCUGGAGUAUUUUUGCAAGUUGAAGGGAACGCCAAAGAAAGACAUCGAUAGUAAGGUGACAGAAAUGAUUAAAGUCCUGGGAAUGGUUGAAAAGACAAACUACGCUGCUGGAAAUCUCUCCGGCGGACAAAAACGGAAAUUAUCGGUGGGAAUAGCCAUCAUAGGAGACUCUAAGAUUAUAAUUUUGGACGAACCUACUUCCGGUAUGGAUCCUGCGGCACGUCGUCAGACCUGGGAUAUUCUCCAGAAAUUCCGUGAAAACCGCACCAUGGUUUUGUCCACCCAUUUUAUGGAUGAGGCGGACCUGCUCGGAGACAGGAUCGCUAUCAUGGCGGAGGGCGUGGUCAAAUGUGUGGGCACCUCACUCUUCCUCAAGAAGGCGUUUGGGGCUGGGUAUCAUCUGGUUAUGGUGAAGGACAAGUCUUGCAAUGUUUCCAAUGUUACGCAGUUGGUUCAAUCGCAUGUGGGAUCUGCCAUCUUGGAGAGUGAGAUCAGCGCUGAACUGUCGUAUCUGUUACCUUUUGACCAAUCAAAAAGCUUUUCUAAACUGUUUGCGGAUGUGGAACAAAAGAAAUCGUCGCUGGGAAUUCAAAGCUUUGGGACCACAGCCACAACUAUGGAGGAAGUUUUCCUCAAAGUGGGCGAAAGCGGUAAAGAAGACGUUGAAGAAGAGGCCGACCGACUAGCUACACAGGCGCACCUAACCCCACAGACCCCACCCCCAUCACACGUGAUCAAUCCCGCGUUUGAACACGAAGGUGAAAAAAUCGCUUUGACUGACGUGAGCAAUGGAGUUAAUGGUGUGUCUAACGGAGAAACAAAGAAAAACGGGGACAACAACUUAUCAAAGUAUGUAGAAUUCAACAAGGAAUUAAAAAAGAACAAAGGGAUGGCACUUACGCUCCAGCAAUUUAAAAGCAUGCUCAUCAAAAAAGCCAUACACUCCUGGCGCAACCGGAUUGUCACAUUUGUCCAAUUGGUACUUCCGGUUAUUUUCACAAUUCUUGCCCUCGUUAUCGAACUAAAUUCAUCGGGAUUCUCUGACGAGCCCGCGCUGAAUUUAGACCUGAGCAGUUUUGAGAACCCCGUGACGAUCUAUAACAACCCCGGAAACACCAUCGCCACCAAGUACAAAGACCUGUUUCUAACCGCAGAGGACGCAAGCUCGGCUACGUCAUACGACAGAUAUGUCAUAGAUAAAAUGAAAGAGGUGGGGAUGUCUGCCUAUAGCAAGAAGUACAUCGUGGGUCUGGACGACAAUGGCGCCACCGCGACCACCACAUACUUCAAUGGCGACCCCUUUCACAGCCCCGCUAUAGCGCUGGGUUACACCUUGGACGCCAUUCUGAAAGCAUACAAAAGCAGCACACAAUACAGUAUUCAGACCGUCAAUUAUCCGUUUAAACGCAGCCUCGAUGCCAACUCCAACCGAGUGGCGGGAAAUGCCGGGAGCGGAUUCUCCAUAGCGUUUGUGAUUCUUUUUGGAGUUGCCUUUCUUUCUACCAGUUUUAUUUUGUUUUUGAUCAAGGAGCGUAUGUCUGGAUCGAAACAUCUACAGAAGGUGAGUGGACUGAGCUCCCUAACUUACUGGCUCGCUAACUUCGUCUGGGACUACAUUAACUACUUGUUUCCCGCCGUUAUGAUGGUGAUCUGCUUUGCUGCCUUCCGACCCGAUGCCUAUUUUCUUGGAAGUCCUUCCAGGAUUGGUCUGGUUUUCCUGGUCUACAUUCUGUUUGGCUGGGCUUCACUUCCUUAUACCUAUGUUCUCCAUUACUUGUUCAAGACCCCGGCUUCGGGGAUGGUGACCAUUACAAUGUGUAAUAUUUUGACAGGUCUGGCCACUACCUUGACUAUAUUCCUGUUGAUGUUUCCGAGUUUUGGGACACAAGAUGUCGCUCUUCAGUUGGAUUGGAUCUUCGCGAUCAUUUUCCCACACUACAAUCUCGGCUCCAGCAUCAUGAACAUUUACACAAAUUACGAAUAUAUCAACACCUGUGAGAACAGUAACUACCAGGUCACGUGUCAAAUUCCCAGUAUGUCCACUGGUUCCUGCUGUAUGGAUAACUGUGGCACCAGUUGUCUGCGAUUUGUCUUGGACUACACUAGUAUGACGUACCCAGGGAUUGGGAAAUACAUCCUGAUGAUGGUAAUUCAAGGCGCCGUGUAUCUUCUCUUAGUCACGUUGGCAGAACUCAACUUCUUCUUCUGGAUCAUGUACAAGAUUAAGGGCCAAAAACUGCACACGGCCCAAGUAAAUUCAGAAGGAGAAAUUGAAGGGGAAUCCUUGGAGGAGGAUGUUAAAAAGGAGAGAAAACGAAUCAACGAGACAGAAAUAUCCAAACUUCAGGAGACGGACGCUCUUGUACUAAAGAAUCUGGCGAAGAACUACGGAAGGUUCCGAGCAGUUAAAGGAGUCAGCAUCGGAAUACCUCGGCAGGAAUGCUUUGGUUUGCUGGGACAAAACGGUGCAGGGAAAACGACGACAUUCAAGAUGAUGACGGGAGAUGAAAUCGUGACGGGCGGGAACGCAUUCCUGAAUAAAUAUGAUGUGAAAAAUAACAUCAAAGAGGUGCAACAGAACCUUGGAUAUUGUCCGCAGUUCGACGCUCUGAUCGAUCAGAUGACCGGAAGAGAGAUCCUGUUUAUGUUUGCGCGCCUGCGCGGAGUCAAGGAAGAAUACAUUCCACGAGUGGUGAUGGAGCUGAUUAAAGUACUUAUGUUGGAGAAAUACUCCGACAGGCAAUGUGGGACAUACAGUGGGGGCAACAAACGGAAGUUAAGCACAGCCAUUUCACUGAUUGGAGACCCUCCAUUUGUUUUCCUUGAUGAACCUACCACGGGUAUGGAUCCUGGGGCACGGCGCCAGUUAUGGAAUGUUUUGUCGCAAGUUCGAGAGAGUGGAAGGACGCUGAUAUUAACAUCCCACAGUAUGGAGGAAUGUGACGCCCUAUGUACCCGUCUAGUCAUUAUGGUCAACGGUCAGUUCGUCUGCCUGGGUAGUCCUCAACAUCUAAAGAACAAAUUUGGCAGUGGCUACACUUUGAUCGUCCGCUUGAGUGCAGACGACUCUAAUCCCACGGCGAUAAAGAACUUCAUCAAGGAGCGGUUCGCGGACAGCCAGAUCUUUGAUGAUCACCAUGGAUACGUCCACUUCCAGAUCCCGGACACUACGGUGUCAUUGUCCACUGUUUUUGGCGCCAUGGAAGAGGCGUCUUCAAGCCUCGGUUUAGAGGACUACUCCGUCCACCAGACCACGCUGGAGCAAGUGUUUCUAACCUUUACAACCAAUCAGGUGCCGCCUAAAGAAAAGACCAAAGACAAGGGGUGUUGCGGGCUGUGCACCUGUUGGUCGCUGUGCGCCUGUACACUGUGUUGCGGUGAUUAUUAAUCCAGUAUUCUCUGUCCCUGUGUUGCGGUGAUGAUUAAUCCAGUAUUCUUUGUCAGCAUAUGUUAACCCUACACCAAAACUCGGAUUGUAGCGGUCAACAUUGAAAUGAUAUCGAUCAUCUUGAAAAUGGAUUUAGAAAUCUUCAUCGAGAAUUUGUAUGCAAGAUUUCCCGUGUCUUAAAAACAUUGUAAAGUGCGAGUGUGCACGUAUCAGUUUAUACAUUUUUCUGUUAUAUUUUAUCUCGAUCUCAAUCUGUGUGGGGUCUAGAUGUCAUACCUAUUCCACGUUUUUAGGAUGGUAAACAAUUGUCAAUUAUGGCAUAAAGGGAAUUAUGGGAUUGUUUUUGUUAUAGAAUAUGUGUAAGCGUGUGGAAUUAUUAAUGGUGUGGUCGUUCAUACGUCAAUGAACGGAAUCGGUUAACCUUCACCCGAUAGUUCACUAUGAUUGACGCUUUAAUAUUAAUCAUUGUAAAGUUACUAAACGUAAUCAUCUAUCCAGAACAAAAGAGAAAUUAUGAUCAACCCAGAACGCAAGGAUACGUAGGAGAUUAACAAAGAACGCAAGGAUACGUAAGAUGCAGGUAGAUAAACCCCAGAACGCAAGGAUACGUAACUGAGAUGAUGAGAAAUCUGCUCGUACUGGUUGAAAAGUGUUUUCUUCACCAUUAGAUAUGGAGAGUGAGGCAAGCAGAAGAGACAGAGUUCCUCUCAACCCCCCCCCCCCCCCCCCCCCCCCAUCCAACCACCCAACCCCAACCCCCCAGGAAACUUUAAUAACAUUGUGAUUCUGCGUUACGUCCUUGUUUUUCUAUUUGUUGUUUAUAAUCAUGUGAUAUAUAGAUAUCUAUUUUCAUAAUAUCGUGAUGUAUAUUUUUCACUGUGGAUCCAAAUAUUUCUGAUUAAACUCGGACCGCGAUCCGCCUCUCAGUUUUAUAUCAUGUUGACAAUUAGUCAAUUUUAAUGUUUUAAACUUGUGUAUCUUUUAAUUCAAUUUGCAUGUACAGCGCCAUUGAUUGCAUUUUUGUUUUUAAAAUUGUGCGCUUUUAUAAAUUUUAAUAAUAAUAAUAAUAAUAAAUACCAUGACAG